CGCGUUCAAAGCAUCGUGCACCGUGGAAAGGCCGCGAGUCGAGCGCUGUGCACGGGCGAUCUACGCGCCACGCGUCGCCCGCCUAAACCUAGGUUUCAUCGGCCUUCCGAGGCGAGGGAGAGGCGCCGUCAGGGACCAUGGAUCCCAUCAAGAUAAUCCGCGACCACGUGGUCAAUGGGACGAUCGCAAAAUCGACCAACGAUGACACGUUCAUCUACGUCGACGACCAGUCGUUCUACCGCAAGGGUCAGACAAACUACAAGACGACGAGGGGCUACCUCACCGUCGAGGCGGUGUGGAGGUUCGCGCGCGUGUUCGCCGCCGAUCCCGACAAGAAGCACGCCGAGUACAUGAAGGAAACAAUCGCGGACAAAUUCGCCAACGUGUCCACGCUGGACCGCAAGGACCUCUGGGCGUACCUCAGCGGCGAGAAGGACUCGAGCGCCAAGAUCGACAUCACCAUGCCCGCGUACGUCGUGCCGGAGGAGGAGAGAAGGGACGACGCGACGAUGGCGGAGGCGGACGACGAACCGGCGGUGCACCCGCUGCACACGAGGAACUCGAUCCUGCAGUGCGACAAGGACUUCAGCGCCGUCCUCGGGUUUUUCGGAGCCAAGCAGGUGGACAAGAAGAAACGGGAGCGGGAGCAGCAGGUGGUGCCCUUGCCCACGAACAGGUUCGGCGACGUCAAGGAGGAGCAGUUCUACCGCGAGGCGAUGGGCAAGGACAUGCUGGAGAUGGGCAUCGACCCGAACAUGUCGUUCCUCGACAACAAGCGCCAGCGCCUGCCGCAGAUGUCCGAGGCGGAUAGGCUGCGGGGCGAGGCGCUCCUCGGCGGUGGGACGCGAACCGGCACGCAACGGAAGGUGUCAUCGUCGAACAAGCAGCAGCGCAAGGAUCCGGUCGCGGGGCAACGACCGAUCAUCAUCGUGCCCGCCGGGUACGGCAGCAAGGUGAUGUUCAACAUGUACAACGCGCCGGAGUUUUUGGCAAAGGAGAAGCUGGUGACGUGGGAGUCGAUGCACAAGGCUGGGGAGAAGAAGCACAGCUCGAUCACGCUCAAGCGCAAGUACAAGAGACCGAAGAGCAAGCAGUAUCCCGAGGGCCACGUCAAGUACGAGAUCACGGAUAAGCCGCCGGACAAGAAGGACAGCAAGUCGUGGGCGCGCGUCGUCGCCGUGUUUGUCUCCGGAAAGGAAUGGCAGUUCAAGGACUGGCCGUUCAAGGGUGCGGAAGAGGGGGAUCUGGUGGAGACGUUCAACAAGGUGCGGGGUUUCUACGCCAAGUACGACGUCGACACCCCCGCGGAGGUCAUCAAGAAGUGGAACGUUCGAACGCUCAGUUUCCAGAAGAACGUGCGGCACGGCGACAGGGCGCAGUUCGAGGCUUUCUGGGACGAGGUGGACAAGCACCUGGAGCUGAAGCGGUCCCAGCUCAAGUACUGAUACGUGCGCGCGGAGUACGACGGGUUUGGUAAUCAUCACACGAACAGUCUAUUU